GUUUACACUGUUUAGCUCUACUGCCUCUUUUUUCAAGGAGAGGGGUUUGCUGCUGACAUGCCAACGUUCUAAGGAGGAAGUAACUGACAGCAAACACAUUUAUGGAAGUCGUCCUCAGUUUCCUUCAAGUGCUGCAAAUUUCGUUCAACAUAAGAUAAGGAAAUUGUCAAAACAGAGCAAAUGUUGGCCGUCUCCCUUUCUGCCGCCCCAUGUCAGCCACAGAGAGUGGGGGUGUUUGGAAUACUAAUGACCUGAUGAUAUUUAAAUACAUCAUUAUAACGAUUUUCGUCAAUGUGCGUUUAAAUGUCAUUUUUAACUGUGGAAAUUCCAUAUGUAUUUUCAAUGCGGAGCACUGACAAAUUAUCACAUCACUCUGCCGACACAGAAAAAGAUAAAAAGAAAUCCUACGUCCUCUUUAAAUGCAUCUAGAUUUCUGCUUUCAAUUCUCUGUGCAUCAGUUGUCUACAUUUUUGGAAUAAUGGAAGCAUGAAUGACAUUUUGCCGGGGAUGGCUAUGCUUCCCACUGCAUUGCCAAGAUAUACAGUAGCACAAUGAGAGAAAGACCCUCCGUGUCAGGAACGCCGUAUAUGGGGGGUUGUCCAAGGGGACGUGUGUUAAGGAAUCACAGCUGUCAUCAGUGCGGGCUGUAGACAGUCUUCUACUAAAGCAUCGUUAUGCAUUUCUCCAUGCAAACUUGAGCGAAUCCUUUGUAGACCGUCUCACUUCAGAGAAACCGACUUCUUUCCGGGAGCUGUCUCUUCAGCACCACCCUUUGGCUUUAAGCCGUCUACUUCUCCGUGCACUGCUCUCUCCUUCAUCAGAAGUAAGGUUAGCAGAGGAAGAGGCGCCUUAGUUCUUAUCCCGGGAAUUUUAGAUUUAACAGCAGAACAUAUUCACUUCUUCCCAUACCGAUUGGAAAACUGCUUCCUGGCGGAUACCUGAUGAUUACAGCUGGAAACAGAAACCAAAAGAUCUACUUGAAUUACUGAACUAGACAAAGGAUGCCGAGCUGAACGUGCGACUGUUUUUGUGAAUGAAGAUGCCCGAAAUAAGUUGUCUGAAUGAACGCGUGCCAUGCUUUAUGCUUUAAAAUACCCAGAUGUCCCCUCAUGAUCAGCUACACAUUAUGAAAUAGUGAAGAGGAGCCACUUAACAAGCGUAGCCCUUCCUGCUCGUUGGAUGCGAGGGAGAAAAGAACAGCGGACGUGCAAGGAGGUCUGGAAUGUUAACAAGGGGGCUUGUUUUUUGCAAUUUACUGCUAAAAAGAUUGAGAGUCACUGGCACGUUUCGAAACUGCUCUGCCUGUAUCUAUCAGUAUACAAUGAAGAAUUAUGAGGAUGUGUGAUAGAGGUGUCCAGAUGUUGAUCACCACUGUAGGCGCGUUUGCUGCUUUUAGUCUGAUGACCAUUGCCGUGGGCACAGACUACUGGCUGUACUCUAGAGGUGUCUGUAGGACUAAAGACUCGAAUGACAAUGAAACAAGCAAGAAGAAUGAAGAGGUAAUGACCCACUCCGGAUUAUGGAGGACCUGCUGUCUAGAAGGAACGUUUAGGGGAAUAUGCAAGAAAAUUGAUCAUUUUCCUGAAGAUGCAGAUUAUGAACAGGACACAGCAGAGUAUCUACUCCGUGCUGUGCGUGCAUCCAGUGUCUUUCCGAUUCUAAGUGUAGGUCUGUUGUUCUUUGGAGGUCUCUGUGUAGCAGCAAGUGAGUUCUACAAGAGUAAGCACAAUGUUAUCCUCAGUGCUGGGAUAUUCUUUGUUUCAGCAGGUUUAAGCAAUAUAAUUGGGAUUAUAGUUUAUAUAUCAGCUAACGCUGGUGACCCAGGUCAAAGUGACUCAAAGAAAAGCAAUUAUUCAUAUGGAUGGUCUUUUUAUUUUGGAGCAUUAUCAUUCAUCAUUGCUGAAAUGGUUGGAGUCAUAGCCGUGCACAUAUACAUUGAAAAACACCGCCAGGUUAGAGCAAAAUCUCGUUCAGACAUAAUGAAAAGGUCAGCAUUUGCAAGGCUUCCAAGCUACAGAUAUAGAUUUCGACGACGUUCUAGCUCAAGGUCUACAGAACCACGUUCUAGAGACACUUCUCCCAUUGGAAAAGGUUUCAACACUCCACCUUCCACAGAUAUAUCCAUGUACACACUAUCUCGAGAUCCUUCUAAAGCUACUGUUGGGACUCUCCUGAAUUCUGAGAGAGAUCAUAAUUUUCUACAAGUGCACAACUCUCUUCCCAAAGAAUUUAAAGAGUCACUACAUAAUAAUCCUGCAAACAGGCGUACUACACCAGUGUGAAGUAAACUGGAAGAAAAAUUUGUCACCAUACAAUACAAUAUGUGGACUCCAAAGAAUCCAUCCCUCGAGAAAGUAAAAUAGUUACGUCUUUCUUUACACUGGUGCAUGACUUAACAAAAGGCACUGAGGUCCUGAGGUCCUCUUGGACUGUACAGGCUUUUUGUUUCUAAAAGAUAGCCUACAGGUUAAUCACAUGAUGCCUAGCAAGGAAACAAACAAACAAACAAAGAGUUCACAGAUAAGUGGAUAAUUGCUGUCUCCCCAUUCGCCACCAGCGACAGCUGCAUAUGUGUUGUGUCUCCCCAUUUCCCCUCAAUGCUGCUGUAGAAAAAACACUGAGGUAUGGCCUCUUCUACUGUUUCAAAUGACUCAUCUGCACAGUACGAUGAUGCAAGCUAAAAGAUUUAGGUACAGCACAAGUGGUACCAUUUUGGAGUUAAUUAUUAGUGUUUCAAUUGCUAUUUACACAGCUAUUUAGGAAAGAAGUUACAGGAUGAGAAAAGCCAGACUUGUUCUAUUAAAACUGUAAAUCACUUGUGUGGGAUGUCAAAAGUAAUGUAAACUGUCUUUCCCAGAACACACUGUAAGCACAUUUUAGAACACUGGCUGUACAAAAAUGGUCUAGAUUUUAUUUUUUUAGAUGUUUAUGCAUGCAAAAAAAAUGACACUUGUAAAUUGAAAUAGCUUCCAUUUUCUUUACAGAAAAUAACGUUUACUCUAUCUUCCAUGUUGAGCUUUGUAUUUAAAUGUAAAAUGUUAAAAUCAGUAUUUUCAGGUUAAUAGUUACAUGCAGGACCUUGGUAGGUUAUAUGUUCUUCCUAUGUACAUAACAAGAUAUACAAUACCAACAUAUGUUGAAGCAACAAACCAGAAAGAGCACUUUUUGCCUUUUGUUUAGAUCCAGAAUGGAUAAGAUGUUUACAUUAGAAUGAUUGUAAUGUCAACAUUAGUAGUAAAUGUGCCACUUUUCUUUUCUGUUUACAUUUCCAGAUAUAUAAGUAGAUAAGUAUAUUGUAUACAUACAUACAUACUGUAUAUGUCGGAUCUACAGAUGACAAAUUGCAAUUAUUCAUGUUAAAUAGCCACCACACUAUUUUUGUAAAAGGGGGAGUCAAAAGAGCAGCACCAUAAAUAUUACUGGUAAUUGUUCAUCAGGUAAUUAUGACGAGUCUAUAUCACAUCAUCGAAUAUGUGAAUAUCGAACGCUCACAUGAGCGAAUAUUCACGUACUCGAAGUUCAUGAAUUUUUUUGGCAGUACAGUCAAGAUUGGGAUUUUUGCCCUUUCCUCACUGUAGUGUUAUCUUGAAAAAGGAA